AUGGACCGAGGAAAAAUCGAAGAAGUUAUCGAGAAACAAGUUCUGACGGUUGCGCAGGCCGUCGAGGACAAGAUCGAUGAAGAGAUCGCCGCCCUCGAACGCCUCGACGAUGACGAUCUCGAAGCCCUUAGGGAACGCAGGCUGCAACAAAUGAAGAAAAUGUCGGAGAAGCGCAGCCGUUGGAUCUCCCUCGGACACGGCGAAUAUACCGAGAUUCCUUCCGAGAAAGACUUCUUCUCCAUCGUCAAGGCCAGCGAACGCGUCGUCUGUCACUUCUUCCGCGAAAAUUGGCCCUGCAAGGUUGUGGACAAGCAUUUAAGUGUGUUGGCGAAGCAACAUAUUGAGACUCGAUUUGUAAAAAUUAAUGCUGAAAAAAGUCCAUUUUUAGCUGAGAGGCUCAAGAUCAUUGUUCUUCCUACUAUUGCCCUCAUAAAGAAUACCAAAGUGGACGAUUAUGUGGUGGGGUUUGACCAACUCGGUGGUACUGAUGACUUUAGCACAGAGGUUUUGGAAGAAAGAUUGGCUAAAGCUCAAGUCAUCUUUUUGGAGGGUGAAUCAUCAAUGCACCGUGCAAGGUCCACUGCGCAAACCAAAAGAAGUGUUCGGCAGGGCACACAUGCAGACUCCUCAGAUUCAGAGUAA